GCAACAUAACAACACGGUAGCAGAGUGGACAGCUAUAGAUCACUUAACCAAACACUGUAACCAUUGCCAUGGGGGUCAGCCUGGGUCAUGCAAAAAAUAGAAAAUUCCAUCAAUUUCUUCCUGGCUUUCACCAUCACCAUGGCAACUGAGAGAUCCUGGGAAAGGAUCAAUGUACACAAAGAUAGAUCAGCAUACUGCAAUACAUUCAGCCCUGUCUUACAUCACCCCGGGGGGAGAUGCUGAUUAUUGUUAUUAUUCACUCCCUCUCUCUCUAUUGCACUUGCUACUGACAAGCCUGUGUCUGCGGGGGUGGCUCUCACCAACUCAGUCUAUUGUCAGCAGAGGAAAUUGCAAUUGCAACAAAACGCAGAAGCAGCAGUAGCAGAAGCCACAUCAGACCACAGCAGCAGCAGCACCGACAGCACCGACCUCCUCCUCCUCCUCCUCCAGCAACUGAAACCUCUUGGAUAAGCCCUUUUUUUUCUUCUUCUUCUUCCCAAUGUUUCAUUAAGAUACUGAACUGUGGGGGGAAAUAAAGCUGCUUUCCCAGGGAUUUAUUUCAUGGGGAUGUGUUCAAGGCAAGAGAGGAUUCAGAAGGAUAUAGACAUUGUCAUUCAAAAGUGUAAGGCGGAGAAGGACUGCCUGUUUUCAGAUUUCAGAUACUCGGACUCUACUUUCACCUUUACCUUCCUAGGUGGCUCCAAAAGUGUUGCUUAUUCUGUACAUGUCUCUGAGGAUUAUCCAGAUAACACUUAUGUAUCAAGCUCAGAAAAUGAUGAAGAUGUGUUAGUUACUACAGAACCCAUCCCUGUCAUUUUCCACAGGAUAACAGAGCUGAGGAAAUCCAAUGACAUUACCAGCUGCUUGUCCAUAAAGUGCAAACUGCAGAAAGAGAAUGGAGAGGAAUCACGGCAUAGUAGUGCUGUUGAAGAGGAUUCUGAAGGAGACAAUGAUUCUGAAGAGUUCUACUACGGUGGGCAGGUGAGUUACGAUGGGGAACUUCAUAAACACCCACAGCUGGAAGCAGAUUUGGCAGCGGUGAGAGAAAUCUAUGGGCCCAGUGCUGUAUCUCUCAGGGAAUAUGGAGCAAUUGACGAUGUGGAUAUUGAUUUGCAUAUUGAUGUUAGCUUCCUCGACGAAGAAAUUGCUGUAGCUUGGGAUGUGAUUCGCACUGAGCCGAUUGUAGUCCGUCUGCACUGUUCUUUAACACAGUAUUUAAAUGGCCCUGUGCCAACGGUCGACGUGUUUCAGAUAUCCACAAAAGAAAAAUUUGGUUUGGGACAUCAAUUGAAAAAAAUCAUGCAGACAUUUGUGACGCAGCAAUGGAAACAGAGCAAAGAGAAGUCAAACUGUUCGCACAAGAAAAUGUCUGACAAGAAGGUGAAGUCUCCUCUGCACAUUUUUUCUACAUUGCGCAGGUCGCCAAGUUAUCCCCCUCCUGGAUGCGGUAAGAGUAAAGUGAAACUAAAGUCUGAGCAAGAUGGGAUCUCUAAGACACACAAAUUGUUGCGAAGGACUUGUUCUAGCACAGUGAAGGCCGAAGACAUGUGUAACACUAAAUCUCACAGGAACUUUGGCCGAUCCUUGUCUAGUGACCCCAGGGCUGAACAGGCGAUGGGUUUAAAACCACACAAACUUUUGAACCGCCAGUGUACCCCAGCCAUUAAGCAGGAGGAGUGCAUCGCAUUGAAGCAACAUAAACUGUUAAGUCGUUCUUGUUCUGGGGAUCCCAGAUGUGAGCACAACAGCACCUUGAAGCCCCACAGACUGUUAAGCAGGUCUUACUCUAGUAAUAUUCGUAUGGAAGAAUUAGAUGGAUUUAAGAACCACAAACUACUCAGCAAGUCUUAUUCCAGUGCCCCCAAAUCAUCAAAAAUGGACCUUUUGAAAGAACCUAUCGCAGAGGGCAGGAGGCUCUCUCUUACCUCAGGGCUGAUUGGUAUAUUAACGCCAAAUGCAUCUUCACAACUUGCCCCAACCAAUGGUGCAAAAAAUGUUCCAGCACGAGGGCAUGGAUUUCUGGUACAGACGAUAGAGUUUGCUGAACAAAGAAUACCUGUGCUAAAUGAGUACUGCGUGGUUUGUGACGAACCUCAUGUGUUUCAAAAUGGACCAAUGCUGAGGCCCACUGUGUGUGAGAGGGAGCUGUGUGUAUUCGCUUUUCAGACACUGGGUGUAAUGAAUGAAGCUGCAGAUGAAAUUGCAACCGGUGCUCAGGUUGUAGACCUCCUAGUGUCAAUGUGUCGCUCUGCUUUGGACUCUCCAAGGAAGGUUGUUAUAUUUGAGCCAUAUCCUUCGGUGGUAGACCCUAAUGAUCCUCAGGCCCUGGCCUUUAAUCCAAGAAAAAAGAACUAUGAGAGAGUUAUGAAAGCACUGGACAGUAUCACUUCCAUCAGAGAGAUGACACAAGCACCUUAUUUGGAAAUCAAGAAGCAGAUGGAUAAGCAAGAUCCCUUAGCCCAUCCUUUGCUGCAAUGGGUUAUUUCAAGUAAUAGAUCUCAUAUAGUGAAAUUGCCAGUUAACAGGCAACUGAAAUUUAUGCAUACCCCUCACCAGUUCCUACUCCUCAGCAGUCCACCAGCCAAAGAAGCAAAUUUCAGAGCUGCUAAAAAACUUUUCGGGAGCACAUUUGCAUUUCAUGGCUCGCACAUUGAAAACUGGCACUCUAUUUUGAGGAAUGGAUUGGUUGUUGCCUCCAAUACAAGAUUGCAGCUUCAUGGUGCCAUGUACGGUAGUGGAAUAUAUCUUAGUCCGUUAUCGAGCAUAUCGUUUGGCUACUCAGGGAUGAACAAAAAGCAACAGAAAGUAUCCGCCAAGGACGAUCCCCCGUCAAGCAGUAAAAGCAGUAGUACAGUGCAGUCACAGAAAAAAGGACAGCAAUCUCAAUUUUUGCAAAGCCGUAACUUGAAAUGUAUAGCCUUAUGCGAAGUGAUCACUUCACCAGAAUUGCACAAACAUGGGGAGAUCUGGGUUGUUCCCAACACGGAUCACGUCUGUACACGGUUCUUUUUUGUCUACGAAGAUGGCCAGGUGGGUGAUACAAGCAUCAACACACAAGAGCCAAGUAGCCAUAAAGAAAUUCUUCGAGUCAUAGGCAACCAAACAGCUACUGGCUGAUUACUACUUAUGUGGAAUGUGGAGUUUCACCAGUACCAAAGCUGGUCUUUGUACUGAAGAACAUUAGGAAUCUAUUUAUUAUUAUUAUUACUAUUAUUAUCAUUGUUGUUGUUAUUAUUAUAAAAGGGUGAUAACAUUUACAAUAAUCCUUUUAUUUCCUAUUUUUAAUGUUUGACCUGAAUGAGGCAUAUCGACUGGUGCAAAACAAUUGUUUCAUUUAAUAUUAUCUCCAAUAUUUUGCUGUCUAUAAAACGGCCCAGCUGACUUUACAGAAAGGAACUGAAGGCAUCUCUGAUAAUGGAAUAAGGCACAGUCUUAGUUCUACACUUGUUACAUAUGAAAACUUUCUAUAGAAAUUACUUUUUAUCGUGCAAUAAUUGAAACCACUAUAGGGUUUAUGGGUUUUAUGUUAUACUUAACUGGAAUAUAAAAACCUUACUGUAAUAUGUGCCGUGCUUGACUGGAGAUCACAUAAAACUGGCAGUGAGUCGUUACUUGAUUGGUUCCACAAGGUAUUAUAUGAUAGGGCA